CCUAAGAAUUCCAAGCACUGCAGACCCAGAGCCCAAGAAGCACAGCAGAAACCUCGCUGAGGUUUAUUACGAAGGUAGGUGUCCUGUCGCAGGCGCCUGGCCAGCGCAACCCCGACAUGUCAUCUGGCGACCAUGGUGGCAUCGACCCAUUGGACACGAGCGUCAUUCGCUCGUGGCGCUCCAUCAUCACGCUUGUUGUCUUUGUCCUCACCAACAUCAUCGUCCUCUUUCCCUUCCACGUCCCCCUGCCGGUGCCUGUGGUAGCACGAGAUGCAUUUUUCAAUGCUCUUGCUUCCCUGCGCGUCAUUGCCCCUCGCAAGGGCUCUGCGCGUAGCCCCAAUCAGAAACUGCUGUGGAAGAGGUUCCCCAUGAACUUUGUCACUGCGCCGCUGAUUGCAGACCUUUUCCUCCUCGCCAUAUUGGCCAUCGGCCGCAGCGAAGUGCAUGAUGGGACUGUCGGCGCAGACAACAUUUCACCGCUGGACAUCAUGGCCUUCUUCCUCUCCCUGGCAUACAUUGCCAUUUCCAUUGAUGCCUCAGGCCUCAUUCGCUAUUUGGCCUUCAGAGUGCUCAAAUGGGGAGGCAAGGUCGGACAUCGACUUUUCUUCUACCUCUACGUUUUCUUUUUCAUUCUGACCGCCUUCAUCGGCAACGAUCCGGUCAUUCUCUCAGGCACCGCGUUCCUGUCGUACAUGACGCGCGUCUCCAGCAACAUCCUUCACCCGCGAGCUUGGAUCUACACACAAUUCACCGUUGCCAACAUGGCAUCAGCCAUUCUUGUCUCUUCCAACCCCACCAAUUUGGUGUUAGCAGGAGCCUUCGACAUCAAGUUCAUCAACUACACUGCCAACAUCAUCGUCCCUGUGGUCAUUACGGCUAUCGUCCUCUUUCCUUUCCUCUUGUACAUUGUCUUUGCAGACGAGUCGCUCAUCCCAGUUUCCAUCAAGAUGCACGAGCUGCCAGAGGAACUGAGAAACAAGAAGCCCGUCAAUCCCAACAUCCCCAAUGCUCGUGCAAACAUGGAGGAACAAGAAGAGGAGCACAUGAAUGAUGAGACCGGCCAGCUACUCUCGCUUGAAGAAAUUAUGAAUCCAUUUCUCGACAAGAAAGGCGCUGCAUUUGGUGGUGUCAUUAUGGGCAUGACACUCAUCGCUGUACUGGCAUUGAACGCCGCAUCAUCCUCCAGUGGCGAGCAUCCCGUCUUUUGGGUCACGGUUCCUGCCGCUGUGAUUCUGAUUGUAUUUGAUCUAGUGCUUGGGUGGCUGAAUCGCAAGGAGACGCGUGAAAUCGCACGCCAAGGUCGUGCGCAACUUGAGUCCAAGAAAGAGCAGAAGGAACGAUUGCAGCCUGUCCAGGAAUCACCUCUUCUGGAGCCGUCCGAGUCGGAUACAAUCGCCGAAAAAGGCGCGGUGGAAAGCGACAAAACCCGGCCAGCAACAUCGACAGCUGGAAAAGAAAGACAACAUGACAAGACACCUACUACUGUUGAAGAAGGCAAGAGGGAAGCUCCACAAGACCGUACCACCUUGUCAUCCCUCAUUGCCAAGUCAUGGCGCUGGCUGCAAGAGACAUUCCCGACAUCUACCACCGUCCUCGCACAUCUCCCUCUCGCGUUGAUACCAUUCGCCUUCUGCAUGUUCGUCCUAGUCCAAGCGCUCGUAUCCCACGGCUGGGUCGCAGUAUUCGCCUUUGGCUGGGACCACUGGGUUAGCAAAACCGGCACCGUCGGCGCCGUCGGGGGCAUGGGCUUCCUCUCUGUAGUCCUCUGCAACUUCGCAGGCACAAACAUCGGCACCUCUAUCCUCCUCUCGCGCGUCGUCCAAGCGUGGCAGACCAUCCACGCCCAGCCCGGCGCCCCGCCCAUUUCCGACCGCACCUUCUGGGCCACCGUCUACAGCAUGGCGCUCGGCCUAAACUACGGCGCCUUCAGCGCCGCCUUCUCCGCGUCCCUCGCCGGCCUGCUCUGGCGCGACAUCCUCGCCCGCAAGCACAUCCGCGUUAGCAGGCUGGAUUUUGCGCGGGUGAAUUUGCCCAUUAUUGCCAUUAGCAUGGUCGUCGGAUGCGUGGCGCUGAUUGCGGAGAUCUACAUCGUCAGGAGUAGUGAACCGUAUGAUAGGUAACAUAGUGGGGUGAAGGUGGAAUUGAAAGAAUGUUCUUCGUUUUCUGUGAGGUUCGGCUGCUUCCAAAGAUCGUUGAGAGGCAGAUCACGUGCAUCACGUUUCGCCCGUCUCGGAUGCACCUUCGAAAGGUGUGAACGCACUUCGCCAUCAUCGCAACUGAAACAAGCUACCGCCCAGUUUGUUUGCGCC